AUCUACUGAGGAAACAAGUAUCAAACCGUAUCGUCGCAAUAUCUUAUCGUGUUUGAAAUCUUGUGCUUGAAUUCGCUUCCAUUCCUCCAAACACUCGGCUUUGUAUUCGAAGGAUUCACUUUGAAGAAGAAGCCGAUCACAAGUUCAGCUUUAGGGAAGGAAAUGAGAGAUUCAAAUUGUUGAAUCAUAUGCCUCACUUUUCUUGGUAACUAACAAGGAAAAAGAAGAUGAAACAAAGCGUGUUAAAAGUGGGUCUGGAUCUAAGAUGGCUUGUAGAUAUUGGCCGUGACCCAUGAACCACCUCUCUGCCCUGGUCACUUUCUUUUAUGAUAUGUACUGGCACUUCUGCUAAUUCUGUACUCUUUUUAGUUUCUGCCAAUCAAAGCCAAUAGAAGAGAGAGAGACACACAGUUAUGGCGUUCUCUUUUGGAACAUACAGACCACCUAUACUCUGCAAGGCCACUAUCAACAACAACACUAAUCACUCGCUCGAGGCCUCGUACAUCCGACGUGCCGCAGAGCUGGCCGAUAAGUCCGCUGGCUUCUCCUCUCCGCACCCCAACUUUGGGUGCGUAAUCACCACCGCCCAAGGCAAGGUAGCCGGUGAAGGUUACCUCUACGCGCAGGGCACCAAGCCCGCCGAGGUCAUGGCCGUGGAGGCCGCCGGCGCGGGCAGCAGAUUCGCCACCGCAUAUCUCAACAUGGAGCCCGGGGACUGCCACGGUGACCACUCGGCUGUCUCGGCUCUUGUCCAGGCAGGGAUUUCGAGAGUUGUGGUUGGAAUGAGGCAUCCUUUGCAACAUCUCCGUGGCAACUCGAUACGUGCAUUGAGAAGUCAAGGGGUUCAGGUUGAUGUUCUUGGGGAGGAUCUAAAGAGUAAAACUUUAGAGGAAGCUCAAAAGACAUGCCUCCUAGUCAAUGCCCCAAUUAUAUGUAGAGCCGCGUCACAAGUUCCCUUCUCUGUUCUCAAGUAUGCAAUGACUCUUGAUGGAAAAAUUGCUGCUACUAGUGGACAUGCAGCAUGGAUAAGCAGCAAAAUGUCUAGAGAUCGAGUUUUUGAGCUGCGGGGUAGAAGUGAUGCCAUUAUUGUUGGAGGAAAUACUGUACGCAAGGACAAUCCAAGACUAACUGCAAGACAUGGAGGAGGGCACAUGCCAGUACGCAUUGUAAUGACACAGACUCUUAAUCUUCCUGAGGAAGCUAACCUUUGGGAUGUGUCUGAUGUAUCAACUAUAGUUGUAACACAAAGGGGUGCUCGGAGAAGUUUCCAGAAAUUGCUUGCUUCUAAAGGAGUAGAAGUGGUGGAGUUUGACAUCUUAAACCCAAGAGACGUUAUGGAAUAUUUUCACGAUCGGGGGUAUCUUUCAAUUUUGUGGGAAUGUGGGGGUACACUGGCUGCAUCUGCUAUUUCAGCUGGAGUGAUACACAAGGUCUUUGCAUUUGUUGCUCCUAAAAUUAUUGGUGGAAAGAAUGCACCAUCUCCUGUGGCUGAACUUGGAAUGGUCGAGAUGUCACAAGCGUUAGAUUUGCUUGAUGUUUACUAUGAGCAGGUUGGACCUGACAUGCUAAUUAGUGGAUUCCUUCAGCCCUUACCAGAUGUGACACCUGUUAUCCCAUCUGUGGAUGAAACCUUUGCAAUUGAUCCUACUGUCACUCCACAUGAAUCAAGCAUAAUUUUCUUUUAUAAAGCGUGGGAUCCUUAUGGUGCCUUUUCAAAUUUUUCUCCUCAUCCAAUUCAAAUGCCUGAUAAGAAUGGUGAUUAUGCCACUUGGUUGAGUGUAGAACAUUAUUACCAGGCGCACAAAUUUUCUGAGGUGGAUGAUCCCUUGGCACGGGAUUUGGUUGAAAAUAUAAAAUCGGCAAAAAGUCCCGAGGAAGCAGCACGAAUAGGAAGGUCAAUGCAGAGACAACGACGUCAUCUGGUGAGAUCAGAUUGGGACACUGUCAAGAUUGACGUUAUGUACAGGGCACUGAAAUGUAAAUUCUCAAUUUACCCCCAUUUGAAUUCUAUGUUGCUGUCUACUGCUGGCUCUGUUCUAGUUGAAGCUUCACCGCAUGAUCUUUUUUGGGGCGGAGGGCGGGAUGGAGAGGGCCUUAAUUAUCUUGGCCGGCUGUUGAUGCGAUUGCGAUCAGAGUUUCUUGGUGAGUCUUCGACCUCAAGUGAGAGCUCUUGCCUGGCCGUAUGAUAUAUAAAACUACAUUUGCAUCGAUGAGUUGGUAAUGAUAAUGCAUUAAGUCCUUUUUGUAAUAUCAUAGUCAUCUAUAAACGCUUGGUUUGUAGGCAGAGUUAGAAAUUAGAGCCCUGGCAUUGCAACAGCAA